AUGAGUCGCAAAUUUUUUGUUGGUGGUAACUGGAAAAUGAACGGUACCAAAAGUGAAAUCGAUGGUAUUGUUGCAUUUUUAAAAAGCGGUCCUCUUGACGCAAACGUCGAGGUUGUUGUUGGUGUACCAUCGAUAUAUUUAACAUAUGCCAAGAGCAUACUACCGAACAAUGUUAGUAUCGCUGGACAAAACACUUACAAGGUUGCGAAAGGAGCAUUUACAGGAGAAAUAAGUCCUGCUAUGCUUUUGGACAAUGGGAUUCCAUGGGUAAUUCUUGGCCAUUCUGAACGUAGAAAUGUCUUUGGUGAGACAGAUGAAUUAGUAGCAGAAAAAGUAGCCCAUGCCUUAGAAGCUGGAUUAAAGGUGAUAGCAUGCAUUGGAGAAAAAUUAGAAGAGAGAGAAGCUGGUAAAACAGAGGAAGUAGUCUUUAGACAGACUAAAGCUAUCGCAGAUAAAAUUAAAUCGUGGGACAAUGUAGUUGUUGCCUAUGAACCAGUCUGGGCAAUUGGAACAGGAAAAACAGCCACACCACAACAAGCCCAAGAGGUUCAUGAAAAGCUAAGAGAUUGGUUCUCUAAAAAUAUCAACCAAACUGUCGCAGAAACUGUUAGAAUUAUUUAUGGAGGUUCGGUAACGGCAGGAAACGCAAAAGACUUGGCAAAAGAGAAAGACAUAGAUGGAUUUUUAGUUGGAGGAGCAUCUUUAAAACCUGAUUUUGUACAAAUCGUUAAUGCCAAGCAUUCAUCAACUAAUCCUUUAAUCAUAACAGUUUCAGGCAUAGAAUUAUUAGCAACUCUACUAAUACCUCCUAGUUUUGCUUUUGCACAAGCAAUGUCAGACAAACAUUUAAAUGUUCUUGGCUCCCAAAUAGCUAAAAGCGAGUUGUGUUGUAAUUCACCUAACCCAAAAUACCUAGCAGAUCCACGGACUAUCAAACUCGAUAGAUUUAAAACUAUAAUAUUAAUGCAACAAAAUCAAAUAAAAUCAAUGCCCUAUAGCAUAGAUGAAAAAUAA